AUGGCUCUGGGUUUCAGUGUUUCUGAUAAAAUUAAGGGUGAUUGGCUAGGCCAAGACCUGGUUAAGUGUUCUAUUGAUAAAGGGCCACCAGUUCAUCCAGUUCUUAAACCAUUGAAAAAUGUUAUCAGUGAUGCUGGACUCUAUUCCUGUUGUGCCUUAUGUGCUCUAUCUCUGCAUGAGUUGUUUGCAGAUGAGACAGAUUACUCGUAUUGUGAAAGAUGCAUCGUGUAUUUACGACAACAUCUGGAACUUCCAAAGCAGGUAGACUCGGCAAUGAAAGCUAUUUUGCAAGGAGAUUCAGGAGGAGACUUUGAAACGUAUGUUGCUUUGCUUCGAGAAGAACCGGCUCUAAAGGAGAACUGCCUAAAAGUUGUUGAAGAGCUUAUUCUUGUAGCUGUUAAAGAAGGGGUCUAUGAUGCUCGAAUGCGAGUUCUCAUAUUACAUGUUGCCUGGCUGUUAAAGGUGGCACUUCCACUUGUAGAACUGUAUGAAGACUCAUUGGUAGAAAUGUUGUCUAAAGAUGGUCCACAGCAGUCAGAUGAGGAGAAGCAAGAUGCUGCCAAAAGGAAACGUAAUAAGAAAUUCAAAAAAUAUUUUAUGAUCGGACUAGCAUCUGUUGGCGGGGGAGCUGUUAUUGGUCUGACGGGUGGACUAGCGGCUCCACUUGUGGCGGCUGGAGCCGGUGCUGUAAUUGGAACUGCAGGAGCUGCAGCAUUGGGAUCUGCAGCAGGAGUAGCUAUUAUUGGUUCCCUCUUCGGUGUUGCCGGUGCAGGAUUAACGGGAUACAAAAUGAAGAAGAGAGUUGGAGAUAUUGAAGAAUUUGCUUUUGAUGUUCUCACUGAGGGAAAUGAACUACAUAUAACCCUGGCUAUUUCUGGCUGGUUGUCAGAAAAGUCACCAGAGGCCUUUCAAAGGCCAUGGCAUACUCUGCUACAUUCAAGGGAGCAGUACUGUCUGCGGUACGAAUCAUCUUACCUUCAUGAUCUCGGAAAGGCCAUGGAUUACCUCUUUAGCUUUGCCGUCACGAUGGCAGCUCAAGAGGCUCUGAAGUACACUAUUCUGUCCGGUCAGUAUCGGCUUGGAACAUUUUACAUAAGAGUGUUCUGAGUAUUAAACAAGAAAUGUGAAAGUAAACUUUACAUGGAGAUAAUGUGC